AUGGUGAACGAGCCUCCCAGCCGUCCCACAAUAAAUGCAAUCAUGAAUAAAUUUGAGCAGACUGAAUCUGUACUUGACCUUGAUCGAUCUGGUCGACCAGUGACGGUCACAGACCAGAGCAACCUAGAUGAAGCAUCAGAAAUUUUAACUGAACAGCCUCAGACAUCAACUCGGCGCAUGAGCCUGCAGUUAGGUAUCUCACAAACCUCAGUGAGACGUGUUCACAAGAGUCUUGGAUUGAAAGCGUAUGUUCCACGAUUGAUUCACGAGCUCAACGAAGACGACUUCGAUCGUCGACUGAAGUUUGAUGAAACGUUUCUUUCCUUAUUCGAGAAUGAUCC